UUGUAAAAGGUUGACAUAUUUUUUCGGUGGGGAAAACAAACUGACAAUCACACAAUCGAGACAUAAUAUAAAAAUUAUUGAAAUGGAUUCUAGAAAAAAGAAAUGAGAAUAAAGAUGGUGUUCAAGUUUAGGAGGAAUUCAGAAGGAAUCUUUUGCAUACUUAUGACGCUGAUGAUUAUUUUGAUGGCAGUCUGCUUUCGAACAGCGUCAAGUCUUCAAUGCUUUACCUGUGAAGCAGAGGAUACAAAUGAAAACUGCAACAUCAAAGAAGCUCCGGUUCUCAAGACGUGUACAUCGAGACAAGAUAGAUGUCUCACUCAGGUCAUUUAUUCAACUGAAAGAGGCAAGUUGAGGAUUGACAAGGAAUGCACAACUGAAGAUGGUUGCACUGCAGCAACAACACAACUUGGGAAACGCUACUUUUGUGACAAGUCACGACCAGCGUGGGGCUGUGUCGAGUGCUGCGAUACAGACAGAUGCAACGAGAAUGGCGUCGCUGUCACAAGAGCAUCGGCAGCAGUGGUGCUUGGAGCAUUGAGUUCAGUUGUUGUGGCUUUACAUGUUUUAUGAGGGUCUUUUUAUUGCC